CUCAGAAUGGCCUAGGACGACCCGGGUCAAAAAGCGAGAUACCUAGUAGGUACCCAGGUUUGGAAACGGAAAAUGGACUUCAGAGAGGUCAAAAAGGUUCCAGAAAUUUUCCCUUUUUCGAGCCGGUUGAUCUUCGGCAUAACUUUUCUUGCGGCACUGCACUGCCAGUGCAUCUCUACAUUGUGCAGCCUGGGGUUCAUACCUACUCAGGUACUGAGGCACGAGCGAAUAUGAUGCCUGAUAACAACGACAAGUCAAUACCGCGACAGCAAAGGUAACUUCGAGGAUCUGACUUCGUGUUGGCUACCUGACUGUUUUUACGGCCUGUCAAAAAUAUCUCUCCAAGUACUAGAUCCAAUACCACAGUCCAUCCACCGUUCGCAAUGGCGCCCAAACCGCCCUCCAAUGCCAAAACGACCAACAAGAACCUCAAGGCCAGGAAAUCCGCCACUUCAGGCUCGUCGGCCGCCUCGAAAUCCAAAAUCGGCAAACGGCCGCCUCCGAAACAGGUCAAGACGAAACCGGGCGUGCACUCGCAAACUGCUACCGGGACCUCUUCCUCCUCGGCCGCAAAGUCGUCGAAACGGAAACAAAAGACAUACACGGACAAAGAACUCAACCUACCGGCGUUGAACAUGAUUACGCCCGUGGGCGUGCAGAAGCCGCGCGGCAAGAAAAAGGGCAAAGUCUUUGUCGACGACAAGGAGAGUAUGAUGACCAUCUUGGCCAUGGUGAAUGCCGAGAAGGAAGGGCAAAUAGAGAGCAAGAUGAUCAAGGCCAGGCAGCUAGAGGAGAUCAGAGAGGCUAGGCGCAGGGAGAUGGAAAAGAAAAAGGAGAAGAAACAGGCCGAGUUGGAAGAGGUGAAAAAAGAAAUAAAAAAGGGGAAGACGAAGAACAAUGAUAAACAGCCAUCAGAUUCUACCACUGUUGAUAGUGGCGGAUCAAAGAAUGCGACGAAGCAGAAGAAACGAGUGUCUUUUGCGUGAGAAGGACCAUGGUGUUUCAAUUCUGGUCUUUGGAUUUUAUCUAUAUCGGGAGUCUCCCGUUCAAACAGACCAUGCUGGCCAUGGCCUGUUUCAUCUGACCUGUCGCAUCUGGUCACUCUAAUCUUGGUCUAUUGCCCGGGCACAUGCAUCUUCCUCCGCAUAGGGUCAAAGACUGGCUUCAAGGGCUCUCGCUCCGACCGAGAUAUUUGACCCUUCAGCUGUUCAGUGUCUUCCUCCGUUCGAGAGAUCGCAUCUAGGUCGAUCUCCCGGGCCAUCUUCUGGAAGAACGGGGUUGUCUAGCGGUUGUCAUAUGUCAGUCGAGAUGAUGCUACCGACACGACUAUGUGCUUUUUGAGCUGCAAACUUACCACUCUGGUAAACCAUCUUUUGCUACCGAGCUCGAACCAGCUGAGAUGUCCACCGCCCGGUGUGGUACAGAGAACACCAUAGGGGGUCUGUUGCACCUCCUGGCGUGGAAGAGCCUCACUUGCGGUCACCUUCUAGGGUCAGCGAUGGAACUCAACCAAACUGUUCAGGCUACCUACUGGGUCGUCUUCUGCGUGAAUGGCAAGAAAAGGGAUUCUGAUCGCGAGCGCCGAGUCGAUCGAGGAGGCAUCACGGUAGUAUGCUCCUUCAGUGGGAUAGCCCCAGGUCGGCCCUUGCACGUUUCUGCGUGGAUUAACAAUGCGAACUCAUCGCGCCGUUGGCCACUUACCGAUCGAAAUCUCGAAGAUACUUUCCCUUCCGGACGAGGUCCACGUCAAUCUUGGGGUUCUUGGACACUUGCUCAAUGUGUCUACAGAAGAACGUGUUACCGUACAACUCUCCAGUGUGGGCUGGGUUAUCUCACGUCUCGAAUAGUCUCUUCAUGCUUUUGCCCAUGGUUGCGGCAUAGACAUUUCUGUUGAACCACGGCCUCAUCAAAGCCAGGUUACUGGCUUCGAGGUCCCAGGGGUUGGACAGAAUAACGGCGGCUUUCAGGGGACAAUUGCUCCCUUCCUCACCGAGGUACUACAGAAGUCAGCCAUUUAUCAAGAAAGGCCAGGACUGGAAUGCUCACAUUUGUCAGAAUAUUAGCGCCUAAUGAAAAUCCGAUGCCAAACAGAGGACGGUUGGGAAAGGUUUUUUGCAACCAUUUCACUGUUUGUCUAAUAUCCCA